CCGCAGCGAAUUCUUUUUUCUAAUUUCAAAAUUUCAUUCUGACAAAAGCCAUAGCGUUUCCAAAAAAAACAAAAUACGUUCAUUCCUUCAUUUUCUUCGCGGUUAUAUCGUUCUUAUGAAAUUGUCUUGGCAAUUUAUCUCCGCGUUAUAAUCUAAUUUACUCAGAGUAAGUGUUAAAGUGCCGUAUGUCAGUGUAAAGUGACGUGUAAAAUAAGUAAUCAGGUCAAAGACCUUUGCUUCGGUUAGCUUUUAAGAAAAUUCACCACGCUGCGCAGGUCCGUGAUCAAAGUCAUGAAGAUCAAACUGCCGCGAGACCGUUUCCCGUCCACAUCAUCGACCGACGAGAACGAGAGCGGCGCGGAAUGGGACACGCUGGUGGCGCCGCCCCCGCGCCCGACGUACAUCCACCACCCGCCGCCGCCGCCGCAGGCCGUCGUCGCGGGCGCCGUGCGCAAGCGCCGCGGGAACCUGCCCAAGCACGCCGUCAAGAUACUCAAGAGGGACAUUGUUGAGAGGGGAACGUUCUUGAGACGAGGGGAGAUUCUAGAGGGGACAUUCUUAAAAGGGAGCGGCGCGGAAUGGGACACGCUGGUGGCGCCGCCCCCGCGCCCGACGUACAUCCACCACCCGCCGCCACCGCCGCAGGCCGUCGUCGCGGGCGCCGUGCGCAAGCGCCGCGGGAACCUGCCCAAGCACGCCGUCAAGAUACUCAAGAGAUGGCUGUACGAGCACCGAUACAACGCGUACCCCAGCGACGCGGAGAAGCUGACGCUAAGUCAGGAGGCAAACCUGACCGUUUUACAAGUGUGCAACUGGUUUAUAAACGCCCGCCGUCGCAUCCUCCCCGAGAUGAUCCGCCGUGAGGGCCACGACCCCCUCCACUACACCAUCUCGCGCCGCGGCCGCAAGCAGAGCUCCGCCAUGAUGGCCCCGCCCGGCCAAUACCAGCAGGCCUACGGCCAGAUGGGCAUGAACAUGGGGAACAUGGCUAUAGGGAGCGUGGCCUCCACGUCGGGCGUCGUCGUGUGGGACGGCAUCGGGAUUGAUGCCAACACCGAUCACAACCGCAGCCACGUGUACGGCGACGGUCUCCUGGUCUACCGGAGCGACGGAGACGAGCUGGUUGAGGAGUACUCCAGCAUCAGCGAGGAGGAGGUCAAGUACGACCCGUCCGUCUGGCAGUCUGUCAUCAGCUGCUCCAGCGAGAGGCUGCAGGAUGACAGAGACACCGGCGCCGUAGUAACCGUGUCCACGUCCGAAGAGAUCGACGUGGUCGGCAACUCUAAGCUAGACACCGGCGGUUGGCACCCGCAGUUGGCGCACCUGCCCCAGCUGCCGCACCCGCUCCGCCGCGUCCAGGUGGUGCCGGCUGAGAGAGAGGGGGACAGCGACAAGUUCAAGUGUCUCUAUCUCCUCGUGGAGACUGCCGUCGCCGUGCGUCAGAGGGAGAAGGAACAAGAAGAUCUUAUUGGUUAAAAUCGCGUUUGAAAUAACUGAGCGCCUGCCGCGAAAAACUAAAA